CACUGAGAAUGGCAAUUAUGUUUCUAUCGCGGCAAGAAUUCUUGGCUGUAUAAUGUUUCCACCCGCGAGAUGCUGGAACUCCCUGCCUCGACCAACCAUUAUGAAGAAUGUGAUGAAAAGAAUCCAGCUGAUAAGUACUACAUUGGUUUUGAUCCGGUCAGUGAGCGGUACAAGUUACUCAAGAUAUUUCCUGGUCAUGUGGAGAUUCUGACCAUCGGGGUGGAUUCCUCCUGGAGAACUGUCAAUUCCCAUCCUCCUAAAGGAAUGACAUUAUAUAGUGCAUCAUGCUUAAGUGGAAUUCUUUGCUGGGAUUGCUAUGUGGACCGUGUGGGUGAGCAAAUUAUGGCAUUUCAUCUGGCUCAAGAGAAAUUUAUUCACAUUCCAGUACCUGAAGUAGAUGCGGAAUUUGACGAUGUUUCUGUGCAGCUAAUGAAUUUGUACCUGAUAUUUCUGUAACAAGGUGUGUUUUUGAUCAUGACGAGUCUGGCGUAUGGAUUCUACGCUAUUGUCUCCCAGAUGACGAUGGAGAGACUACUGGGAUUUGGAUUAAUUAUGAGAUACCGGAGAUACACGCCAUUGGACCUGAACCUGAACCAUACAGAAACGGCGAUCUUGUUGCCCUUGGCAUACUUCCUGAUGGAAAAAUGCUGGUAUCACAUUCUUCACUUGAGAACUGUUUACGAGGAGAAUAUUAUCUCACUGUCACGAUUGACUUCCUGCGUCUAAUUAAGUUGUGUAGUGUUAGGCAUUUAAUGUUGUUCAGUUUUCACUUCCUUUAGUUUCAAAAGCUAGUGGCAAUUUUGUGUUAGAACUUUGAUGGGAGAAAUUUCUCUCAGCUUAGGCCACUAAGUUCAUCUGGGAGCAACUGAAUUCUUGUUUUUUUUCCUUCAGCUAGUAGCUUUGCUGCUGGAUAAUGAACAAUGCAAGUCUUUUGGUUCUGGC